AACCGAUCGCAUCAUUCACCGUCCAAAUUGUUUUCGAAACGCGAAUCAAUCAGCCUCGACGUUCUGUGCCUUAUUUUAAUGUUAAGUGACUUGUUUUUACGACAACUUUAUUCCAACGCUAUUGUGGAAUUGUGUGAAUCGAUUAAAUAGCGAAUUAAACACGAAUCAUGGCGCAAUCACGAGCAAUUUGUUUGGCCGCAUGUGGUUUGCUGGUGCUGCUGAGUUUCGGCGUCCAAAUGGGUUCGGCCAUCAAAUGCUGGGAGUGUCGUUCAGAUUCCGAUCCGAAGUGUGCGGAUCCCUUCGACAAUAGCACACUUUCCAUAACGGACUGCAAGCAGGUGGAAAAGAAAGAACAUCUUCCCGAGGCACAGGCGACAAUGUGCCGCAAGAUUCGGCAGAAAGUGCACGGCGAAUGGCGUUACUUCCGCAGCUGUGCAUUUAUGGGUGAACCCGGCAUCGAGGGGGACGAGCGGUUCUGUCUGAUGAGAAGCGGUACCUACAAUAUCUUCAUGGAGUACUGUACCUGUAACAGCAAGGAUGGCUGCAAUACGGCGUCAUUGCGUAGCCCAACCGUGCUGAUCGUGCUAGGUGCAUUGGUGCUUGUCCUAUCGACGGUGAUCGGUUUCCGUCAUUUUUAGAUUAUUCGACCAUAAGUUCGGUUGGCACGCCAUAGGAGUUUUUUUUCGCAGAACAUGUAGCCGAUAGAAAUAUGACAAAAAUGCGAGAAGCUAAUGUUCCGAUGCUUAACUACAUUUCCGUCCUCUAAUGAAUCUCCUGUCAGUAUUCGGUGCAUUUUUUAGCUGUUCCGAUGAACAUUUUACAUGAAGUAAUAAACAUUUUUAAGUAAAACUAA